AUGCAGCUACAGGCUUGUCUUCUGAGUCAAGUUGAGACCUUCUGCAAAUACGCAAGAGAGUCGAGGAUCAGGGAGGACGUGUUGCCCGUGGUGUUUUCCGCUCUGGAAUCGAGCUCCCUCAACACUCAGAUCGCGGCCAUUGAGUCCAUGCCAUCUCUGGUGGGCUAUAUCGAACUCAGAGACCUACAAGAAAUAGUUGUGCCAAGGACAAAGCAAGCUUUCAAAAGAGGAACCGGAAGACCUAGGCUCCAGUGUGCCGCAGUGCGCUGCAUGGGCUGUCUGAUUGAAGAGUUACCACCCGCGGUUGUUCAAGACGAAAUCAUCGACUUCCUCUUGAAUGCAGCUAAUGAAGCUGUGACGAGGUCGCAGACCCAAAGUCAUGGCGAUGACGCAAAAGAUCACCUCUUUGGAGGAGGACGGGGUUUGAGACGCCGAGGCGUAGACGGAAGAGGUACAGAAGAUGGGGAUUUUGUGUAUGCCGAGAAGACGAGGAGUCAGAGAAGCAAUGCGGCGAGUGAGGGACUCGACUCGAACUGGCUGGUUGGACAAGAGGCUGAAGUAGAGGCGGACGGAGACGAGGAGGAGGAAGAGCAGGAGGAGGAGGAGGAGCAAGAGAAGGAGGAGGAGGAGGAGAACGAAGAGGAGGAAGAGGAGAGGUGCAAGGAGGAUGACAAUGAAGGAGAGGCAAUGUGGAAGGUGCGACGCUGCAAGAGACGAGCUAGAGCCAAAGCAGCCCAGGUUCUUCCGCUACGCGGUCAGCCUUCGUGGCUUGCAACGACGACGGCUGAGGCGUUGAUGAACAAGAAGAGCCCCAACUUUGCAAGACCUCAAGCUUUUUCUAGAAGGGGCCCGAGUACAGCCCUAGCGGCCUACAGAGGCGCAGGAAUAAGAGGACCCAGCGACACGGGCGUUAUUCAAGCCAUCAGUGCGCUAAACAAUUGCUUAGAGUCGACCUCAGACUUCGGAUAUUAA